CAUGUUUGUGGUGACAACAUUGUGCCGCAGGCCUUUUGUCCUUCUUGCGGCCACCCCCUCUGCGUAAAAUGUAAGCGCGAGGCAUCUUUGAUUAUGAUGGACAGGCAACGUCGGCAGGACCUGCCAGACGUUGCAGAUGCUAGCCGCCCUGUGACGCCCGAGGCGGUGCUCACCCACGGGAACGUAGACCACCCUGAGACGACAUUUAUCAAAGACAGCCGCGAGGAGCAGCCAAGAGCAGAUUCACAAAUUCCACUCAUUGGCAAGAGGGGCUCAGUGAAGAACAACCCAUUUGUCGUGGCCGACCAGAUUGCAAAGACGACCAGAGUCUCGGAGCCAGAGCCAGAGCCGCCCAGUGCGAUUGCAGAGACAACCCCCCCCUCGAAAUACCUCCAUAAUACCCCAUUAAAGGGGGGCCAGUACGGGGAUAAACUGGCCGGACCACGAGAGGCAAGAGAGCAGCAUGGCAACGCAUACAGCGGCGAAAACACCGGUCCUCAAGACCAGGAUCAAACCCGCGGCCAAUUUCGUCUAGCUCCUAUCGAGCGAACAAAGGAGACUGGGUUGCUUUCUAGCAUUCUAGAGUCCCGACUAGCCUCGUUUGCCAACAGCAAUCUUCAUAGGUACGAGCCGGAAUGGCUACACGAUAGGCAUGACGCGGAUGAGCCUAUUACGCCCCAGCUGCAGAGCAGUAGGGCAGUCGACCGAAGACCCAGCCCGCGAGCUGAAGUAGUCAAUGACCGAGGGCCAUCCCCGGUAGUCCAGCGCGUGAAGGUGCUGGCCCAGCAGGCGAGCUCGGGAGCUCUGGAGAAGGUGCUCGAGGUGGACGUUGACGCUAGCGGGCGUCGCGUCCCCCGUGUUCGGGUGUCGAGCCCGCCGGCUUGGCUCAAGUAUCCCUCAAACAAGCCGGGUACUCUCGAGGGAAGGCUCAAGCAGGUCACCACCAAGAGCAGUCCCGGCCUGUCCAACCAGCAGCAGAGACAGCUAGCCGAGGAAGAGUAUGACCGGCAUUUCCCCCCAAGGCCACUGCCUGUGGUAAAAGCCGCGGCUCCAUUUGUAGCAGCAGUCGCUAGAGCAUCGCAGGGCAAAGCAGAUGUGCCUAGCGGAAUUCACACUUCAUCAGUCACGCACAACCAAGCACAACCACGGCAGGUGGUGGCAACUACGGCAACAGUGGGUACAAGCGUCGGUGGCUCUCCACGCGGGACUGUGAGCUCGACGGUGUCGCCGGGCGGGCUGGCAGCAAGUCAGGGCACCGAGGCUGAGUUUACGGCUUAUUCGACGCGGUGGAAGAGACAGCAUUCGGAUCUAGCCCCCCACGAGAUGCGGCGCAGUACGGUUGGAAUGACGUCGACGACGGACACAAGCGAAGAUGAGGGUUUGGGCCUCGACGCCGGCAGUCAGUUGGGCGAAGACGACGAUGUUGGCAUUCAGGGACUGACGAUCGUCCUGCACUUGAGGGGCAAGGACGACUUGGUCAUCAGCACGGACUUGACACGCGACGCCGAAGAGUCAACGCCGCGGGCAUCAAAGUGAAAAGGGGACACAUGUAUAGCUGGCUGGUUGGGUUCAAGAGUUUGUUUGGGCUUGGGUGGAGUUUGGCACAGGAAAGUGAGACGGGGAAUGGAAUAAUGGCAGAAUAUUCUUUAGUGGUAAAGCUAAGAAGGCAUGAGUAGGGGGAAAUAAACGGCACA